CCUACCAGUUUAAAUCGCCUUUAAACAUGUCGUUGUCACAACUGUUGGUUCCAUUCCUUCCUCUGAAAUUCGUUGGAUACUUGCCCCUUUACAUAGGUGUAGAGCUUAUUUUAGGUAUAGCCAUUCUUAAUAAAGUUUCUGGGGCUUAUGGUAUUGUAUCAAUCUUCACUGGACACCCAAUAAAUUUCUGGCAAUGGCUUUAUAAUAUGCUUGCCAUCAUAGUGUUACCAAUAUACAUCUCCGCACUUUCUCAUCUUCAAACAAGACCUCUGAAUGUCCGUAAGGUAUCAUUAGCUUGUUUGAUAUUUGUGGCUGAUACAAUCAUUGGUGUAUUUUAUACCAUUUAUUUUGUUUCAUUUUGGUUUAGUCAUGAAGAUAAUGUUCCUGCUGAAGAAUCUGUUCAACCUUUAACUUCUCAAUCUGCAUCUGAAGCUAGAGAAUUGUUUGUUACUUCGAGUACUACCCUUAUUAUUACCUUCAUUCGUUUUUAUUUCACUUUGGUAAUUAUUUCAUUCACUAGAGCAUUGUUGAAACAAAAUGCUAGUCAAAGACUCGUUGCUGAAGAUGAAGAAGAAGCCAUUAAUCAACCAGGAAAGUUGGCUAAGAUGAAGAAGUUUAUUCUUGGGUGGGAAAUCAGAGCUACUGAAUACCUCGGUGAUUUAUUUAGAUAGAAUGCAUAGUACACAAGGACUUAAAAUUAUUUAAUGUCUAAUGAGAUUUAAUAAAAUUUUCAAUGAAUGAAAUAUAAAGAGGUGGAACUAAUAUCUUGGUUGGAAUGUAGGGUGAGUGAUAGUCUGUUAAUAUAAUAGUAUCAAAGUUGUUGUAUAAUUGAUGGUUCAAUUGGUGGUAAUUGCUUCAUAAUGUAGCAUAACUAGUUUUUACUUACUAGUUGCUAGAUGUUGGUAUUCUCCUACAAUAUCUAACACUACACGUAUUCUACCCCCAAUG